CGCGGAGGCGACGCGCGCUUGGAUCACGCUCGCGAGGGAGGGGAACGCGCGGUGAUCAAGACGCGCGAUACGACGCCGCGGUCGCGAACGCGCCCUCACGCGCUCGAGGCCCGCGCGCCGGGGCGACGGACGAGACGGUCUUCGGAUCCGACGCGGAUUGGGAUUGGGAGGGGACCGACCGCCGCCGGGGUAAUCGCCGAGCGGCGCGCGCGUUAGAACGCCGCGAUGACGGACGCGGGGGCGUCCCCGCCCGGAGAUAACGCCGUGAAGGGCGGCAGCGCGGCGAUGGCGGAGAUAUACCUCCCGAACUACCGCAUGGGGAAGACGCUCGGGAUCGGGAGCUUCGGCAAGGUCAAGGUGGCGGAGCACCUGCUCACCGGGCACAAGGUCGCGGUGAAGAUCUUGAACCGAAAGAAAAUAAAAGCGAUAGACAUGGAGGAGAAAGUCAGGCGGGAGAUAAAAAUUCUGAGGCUGUUCAUGCACCCGCACAUCAUCCGCCUGUACGAAGUUCUGGAGACCCCGCACGACAUCUACGUCGUCAUGGAGUACGUCAAGUCCGGCGAGCUGUUCGAUUACAUCGUCGAGAAGGGGCGCCUGGGGGAGAACGAGGCGCGACACUUCUUUCAACAGAUCGUCUCGGGGGUGGAGUACUGCCAUCGAAACAUGGUCGUGCAUCGCGACCUGAAACCGGAGAACCUGCUGUUAGAUUCGAAAUCCAACGUGAAGAUCGCGGACUUUGGCUUAUCCAACGUCAUGCGCGACGGGCACUUUCUGAAGACGUCUUGCGGGUCGCCGAAUUACGCCGCACCGGAGGUGAUCAGCGGCAAGCUGUACAGCGGCCCCGAGGUGGACGUGUGGUCCUGCGGCGUCAUCCUGUACGCGCUCCUGUGCGGGUCUCUGCCGUUCGACGACGAGUCGAUACCGAACCUGUUCAAGAAGAUCAAGGGGGGCAUUUAUAACCUUCCGUCGCAUCUCUCGCCGGGGGCGCGAGACUUGAUCGCGCGGAUGCUCCUCGUGGACCCUCUGAAGCGGAUCACGAUAUCGGAGAUUCGGUCGCACCCGUGGUUCGUCGUGCACCUGCCUCGGUACCUCGCGGUGCCGCCGCCGGAUACGCUCGCGCAGGCGACGAACGUGGACGCGGAGACGCUCGAGAUGGUCGUCAACCUGGGGUUCGAGCGCGAGCACGUCGUCGACGCGUUGCGGCAUCAACUCCGGAACAAGGCGACGGUUGCGUACUUUUUGCUCCUCGACAACCGACGGAAUCAGUUCGGCGGGUACCUAGGCGCGGAGUUCGAGGCUGGGGAGCUGACCCAGGGCGCGGACCAGCUGUCGCAGAUGAACGCGGGGGGCAAGGGCGCCGCGGUGGGGCCGCGGCGGCCGAGUUUACUUCAGGCGCAGCUCAUGCAGCAGCGACUCACCGCGGAGCAGCGGUGGAUGCUGGGGAGCACGACGACGAUGGCGCCGCCCGCGGUGAUGGCGGAGAUUUUCCGCGUGCUGACCGCGAUGGGUGUCGCGUGGAAGAAGCUCGGGCCGUACAACCUGAAGUGCCUGUACAAGAUGGACAAGUCGAACGGAGGCGGCGGUGGCGGCGGAGAAGACGCCGAGAUGGACACCGGCGAGGCUCCGAAGACGCCCGAGCGCGUCGGGAAGGGAGGCGACGCGGCGGAGGCGGCGACGCGGGUGAAAUUCGAGAUCCAGGUGUAUAAGAUGCGGGACGAGCGGUACAUGGUCGAUUUUCAGAGAAUGGACGGGGGGGUGAUGACGUGCAUGGACGCCGCGGCGCAGUUGAUGAAAAAUCUGCAGCUCACGUGACGUUCGGUUGUUAUGUGCUGUUCGUCUUCCCCGCGCGCGUGGGUCCUUCUCGCGUCGUCGCAGGUUACCCAAGGAGGAGCAAAACAAAAUCUCCGACGUGAGAUGCCGUUGGUUGUAUUUGAUGUAAUACCUAACUAAUAACCAGGUUGAUAUCA